CCACUCGAGAUGUCAAACCAACGUCGUACGACCCAACAAACUCCGAGUCCCCUGUCUCCUUUCCAAGACAACCAAAUCUUGACCGAGAGCCAGUGGACUACGUUGGCUUCAAUCGUUGAUACUAUAAUAUCCCCAGAGACACAGGCUAGCGAGGAGAUAACCAAGGAGGCUCAAUUUACAGCUGCCGUUGAUACUAUCAAGCACCAUACGAACGUUACAGAUGAAGCCCUAUUGUCCGAAUACCUGGCAGAGUCGGCAACUUCAUGUCCUGAGUUCAGNGAGGCCAUCUACAGGCUACUCGCACAGCAGAUUCACGGAGAAGGAAGAAAGGAACUCUUGACUAUUCUUGAUGCCUUGACGUAUNAAUGCUCGUACUUCCUGGCUUUUGACCGGUCACCUAACACCGUUCGCACAACUCUCCCUGCGCCAGCGGGAAAGGGUUGUACAAUCAUGGGCUACAGCACGUUUGCAAAUCUUCCGAGUGCUCUUCAGGACGUUUAA